CGCAGCGCUUGCUGGGAUAGAAUACCUGCAGGGACCAAAAUGUUUGCUAAGUUGCACGACGCGCUAACGUUCUGUCGUUAGAAACGGGCUUUAUCAUGGGGCAAAACUAGCCAUAAACGUUCAACACCAGGAAGACAACCACCAACGUUACUACAGACUCUCAUGCAGACCUGAAGAAGCGAGGAAACACAACCUGCUGUUGGAGGCCCAGUGUGUGCGUGAAGAUCACGUGGACCUUGCAGGAUAGGAUAUUGUCAGCAGAAUGGAUGAAGAGGGAAGAAGUGCUGGCAGUACUCAGGGACAAAUGGCGCAGUAUGGAGAGAAAGCUGACGCGCUCUCGCUGUCAUGGCGGGUGGGCUGCUGGUUGAGCGAGAAGAAGAAGAAAACCUUCUCAAUACACACUUUCUCUCAGUAUUGUAGGUGCAGAGGCAUGGAGCUGGUCCUGGUUGACAGUUCCCGCCCCCUGGCAGCCCAGGGUCCCUUCCACGCCAUCCUGCACAAGCUGACAGACGUCAUCAUCAAGGCUCGGGAGGGCGACGCACACGCACAGGGACAGCUGCAGCAGGUGGAGGACUACCUGAGUUCCCACCCUGAAGUAGUGGUUGUGGAUCCUCUCAGUUCUGUUAAGAGUCUCAUGGACCGUUGGACUGCUUACCAUAUCAUACAGGAGUGUAUUCCCAAAGACAAGGGUGGAGACAUUUUUAUGCCAGAGUUUGUGGAGGUGCGAACAACAGACAGAACAGAAAUCCUGCAGCUGCUACAGGAGGGAGGAGUCCACUUCCCGUUUGUGUGCAAAAGAUCUGUAGCUCAAGGAUCAGCUUCACAUGAGAUGGCCAUCAUUUUCAAUGCUGAAGGGUUGAAGGACCUCCUCAGUCCACCAUGUGUGGCGCAGAACUUUGUCAACCACAAUGCAGUCCUUCACAAGGUGUUUGUGGUUGGCGAGUCUUAUUUUGUUGUGGAGAGGCCAUCUCUCAAGAACUUUUCAGCAGGGGAUCACAGUACAAUCUACUUCAACAGCCAUGAUGUUUCCAAGGCUGGCUCAUCUUCAUUCCUCAAUCAGUUGGAUAGCAGGGACAAAGUGUCAUGCCCGUCCCUCCCUCUCUCGCGGGAGAAGUUCGAGCAUGUGUUGACUAACCUACGGCAGCAGCUGGGCAUCACGCUGUUUGGCGUGGACAUCAUCGUGGAGAACAGGACCAGUCGCCAUGCUAUCAUCGAUAUCAACGCAUUCCCAAGUUAUGAUGGGGUACCGGACCCUUUCUCAGUAGUGGCGGACCACCUGCAAUCACUCUUGACUCAGCGAAGUGCCGUACCAAGGGCUGGCACAGUCAAUGCCAACACACUGAACAGAGCGGAAGUGUCUGUACCUGUUUCUAUAGGACCAAACAAAGCCAGCGUGACUGAUGAGACAAGCUAUACGAAUGGCUCAAGGACAGAGAGUGCCAACAGUGGUCUUAUCAUGCUGACCAAUGGGACGGACUCUAACAAAGGGAGAGACCUUCAGUCCUCAGAAAGGACCAAUGGGGAAACAUUGGCCCAUCCAAGGAUUGAUGGGUUGACAGACAUUGUGAGCAGGAAGGAUGUACCCUAUACCAAAUUUGGCAAGGGACAGGAGGUGUACUUAGGAGGACUUGCCAAUGGGAAUGGCCCUGCAUGUGUGACAGCAAGUGCCGAAGAGGACCAGUGUUGUAAACAGUUGACCAAUGGAGAGAAACUGGGGUUUGUGAGAUUAGCCAAAGUUUAGGACAUAAAAGAUGCAUAAUUGAUUGUGCAAAGAUGGGCUGAAAGGUAAAGUGAUGUGAUCACAGCUGUUAAACUUCAUGUCGAAUAAUUUGAAGUUCUCUUCAUACUUUUAUUAAAACAACUUCAAUUUCAUUUUUCCUUGCAACCAAUCAGAAAUCAGUACUAAGUUACUAGCCAAUCAGGAAUUAGUACUAACUAGCAAAUCAAGUGUCCUAUUACAAUUUUAGCUAGCCAAUCAGGUGACACAGUAGACACAUCUGAAAAGGAGGCAUCUCAGAAUGAGCAUGUCAAUUCAUAUCAAUUUAAAUGUUGACGUUUCAAACCAAUACUCAAAUACUCAAGUAGGAAGUGUCAACAUAGUCUUAAUAUGGUGUUGUUAGCACCAUUUAUUUCAUUUGAUCAUCAUAGAUGUCAAGUAAUGAUAUUGUACCUGGUGAUUUUUUUUGUGAGAUAAAUGAAUAUAUCAGUGUGAAGUGACCAAUUAAUAGCUGGUGCCCACUGCCCAAAAUUAGUUGGAAAAUAAACUUUUCAGAGCUACUGCGAGCUAACCAACUAGAGCUUGGCAUUAGUAUGCAAAUUAUUUGCCCUUUAUAUUGUGAUUAACGCCCAACCUGCCCCAAGAGAAGUUGUACAUGUUGUUGGCCAGGGACAGCGAAAUAAGAAUAUAUUGUUUGUAAACUUAUGAUAUUUCACAAAAUAAGUGUUUGUAAACAAGCAAUAGCUUUGCUGUAAGUAAUUCUGAAGUUAGCAUGGUAAUAGUACCAGUAGUUACUUUAAUAGUAUCCAUGGUGUUGUACAGUUUCAAGGUGUUAAGUCAUUGAGCACAUAGGAAAAAGACCAUUUUUUUCAAUUUUUUAUUUUUUUCACACAUGAUUAGAUGGUUGUUUUUUUUUACCAGUAGUGGACAUCAGAACAAUAUUUGAACAUUUCAUUUCUUGUGACGUUUUGAAGUGCUGAUUGGGUUUGUAGAGCAUGAAAGAUAGACCUGAAGUUUUCUUGUAGCCAAAUGCAUGUUAGUAAGAUCUAAUGCCUUUUGACAAGCAUGACGUUGCAUGAGAGUUUAGUAUCUGGUGUUUGUAUAUGCCCUACACAUGAGAGAUGUGGUAAUGUCAACUCACAUAGUCAUAUUAUUGGGUACCCAAGACCAACAUAUUGAAAUACUUUGUGUCUAAAGAUCUACUAUAAAUGCAGCAUCAGUAAACCGUGAGGUUAGCACACUUCACAGUUAAGUGUUUGUAUCAGACUGUGCAAAUGAUAUUUCACAAUAAGCUUAUGUUUAUAAUAAUCUCUAGGCACAUUCCUGUUUGUCCACCAUUGCCUGGUCCAUGUAUAUUCCCAACUUGCUCAACAAUCUCAGUGUACUUUUAACAACAGAAAAGCAAAUAUUUUGGACCAUAGUCAGUGUAUUUGUAGAAGAAGAUAGUGAAGUAAUGUAUAUGAAGUACCAAUGUGUGCCAACUUGCUGCUAAACAGGCUAUCAGCUAGCAAGUCUAGGAAACAUAACCAACAAAAUUAAUGACUUGUACAUGUAUUAUUUCAUAUAUGGCAUAACCCAUGAAGAAAUGAAUGUGCUUGGUUUUUCAGUGCAGUAAUUGUCAUUCUUGAAGCAAAGUUAUCAAAGUUGUCUAAGUGGAACGAAGGAGCAUUUUAAUAUUGGCCUCUGUAUCUUGUGACAUGACAUGAAGCAGUUAACUUAUAACUGUGAAGUACAGUUUUGUGUUCCCAAUAACAAAAGUGGCAUUAGGUAAUACAAGAUUAUUAAUUAGCGUUAGAUAUUUUUCAUUUCAUUUGAAAAAAAAUAUAUUAAACAAAGAAACUGGAAUGAUGGAGGGACAAGAAUUUUUCAGCAUGACAACCUCUUCUGAAUAUAACGUUAUUACCAAAAUUUCUUUGAAUAAAAUAACUGAAAAAAAAUUGUUGAAUAAAUGGAUAUAAUUGGAAAGUGGAUUUGAACAUUCCUAUCUUAUGAUAUGAGGGUAGGGCUGAAAAGAAUAGAAUUGUACAGUUUAGACUUUUCUUUUAGUAAUUUAAAUCCUACUAGAAUUAUAGUAGUUACAGUACUGAUGGGUUUGUGAUAAUUGUUAACCAAUAAGAGAUUUGUAUUGUCUGUAAAGUAAUUAUGUUGUCACUUAUGUCAUGUUGGUAUGACAGAUUCUGUUUUAGACAAAGAUGAGUCAAAAUUGUUAUGCUAAUUUCACAUCACAGUAGAAAUACAACUUAACCUCGAUAACAACAAAGUUGUUGCAGUUUGAUUUUUGAGGAGUAAGAGGUUCACCACGCUGUCAUAGACUAUCAGU